GCCGCUCUCGUGCCAAAGCAAACGUAGCAGAGAAAUGCACACACCGGGGGAAACCGCAUCUGCUCAACUGGCCGCUCACAUAGCAGCUUGUAAUACCCCUCACCAUUUGUUACAGUUUGCCAUCCACUCCGUGGACGCAGCCCACGAAUAUGAGAAACUUCAUCGCGGGUAAGCUCAACCGGUGUAGACUGUUCACGACAACAUGGAGGGGCGGAGUGCACGGCAGGGGGAACCUACCCAUUCGCGGGGAGGAGAAGUAUGGGGAUCGAUUGACGAGCUGCGAAGAGGGGGUCUCCGCCCCAAAGGAGGAGCAGAAUCGGAGAGGCAGCUUCAGUGCAGAUGAAAACAUCGCUCGAAAUAUCGCUCACGAGGAUGCUCACAAGGACACCCACAACGACGCACAGAACACAGCUUGCAACGCCAUAGAUGUGCAAAAGCAGAGGGACUUCCUGCACAAAAUUGACGAGGACGACUGCGCCCGGCAGGAGCACAGCACCGUCAGAAUAUUUAAGCAAAGGGAUGCCGAUGCCGACCCGGACUUCCUCCCGUGCAAUGAUAAAUUCAACCAGCUGGUUAAAAGGUACAACGAGCAGAAGGGACUAGCGAAGGGGGGGGGAACCAAGACGAAGAAGAGCUUCCGAUUUGGGCAAACUGCCCUUCCCCUGCAGGAGGAUGAAAAGAGUCUGUGGGAAAUUUUGAAGGAGAAGGAGGAUUACCUAAGGAACAAGAAAAAAAUGAAGAACUAUCAGAAGGAGCUAGACCAAAAAAUGAGCAGGGAGUAUCAGAAGGUUAAAAAGGAGGAGCAGUAUGUUCACUCGGCAGGGGGUGGGGGAAGCAGCGCAAAUGGGAGAAAUAGCGGAGUGCAUAGCAGGAGCAGGUGUGGAGGCCCUCGCUCAGACCCAUCUUCCCCCCACCAUGACGACAUCGACCGGUUCUUGUCGGGCGACGAGGCCUACACAAAUGACAUAAAGUCGUAUGACGAAAUUUACGCCCAGUCACCCCUCCACGGGGGAGAAGCGGCCAAAGGGGGAGAAGAGGGAGAAGCGGCCAAAGAGGGUAUACCGCACCGCGACGCGGAGGAGCUGAACAUAAACAAUAUGAUACACGAGGAUCUGACGCGGAGCGCCCUUGCGUGCGACCUGAACGCGCGCUACGCCGAACUGAGGAGGAAGAAGGUGGUGAGCGAGUUUCUGGUGGACGACUUGGACGCGAAGGGGGAGGCCGAGUCCGCGGCUUCCGGGAGGGACUCCCUUUUCGUGAACGAGGUGGAGGACAUCUCGGCGAGGAGGUGCAUUGGGGAGGGCUACCAAGUGGGGAAGGCCCCACGCAGUGAAGAGGCGUUGGCGGCUCGGCGCGACAACCAAGUGGGGAGGCAGCCCCCCCCCAGAGAGGGAGCCAGCGAGGGGAUCAGCGAAUAUAACAACGAUUGCACCGUCGAUCACACCGCCGACCACACCGCCGCUCACGCCGCUCACACCGAUCACACCGCGGAGGGCGUGGAGCGGCUGGGCGGGCAGAGCCUGAGCAGCAUCAUCGACGGGAAUAUAGACAACCUGGUCAUCCAGAGGGAAAUCAAAAGGGAGAAAACGGCCAUGGGCAUAGUCACCGUGCUGUACAAUAACCUGCACAGCUGCGACAAUAUAAACCUCAGCAGCGCCAUCAUGAAGAUGUCAAAGCUGAUGGAUUCCUACCAGAAGGGGACCCUCACGAAGAACUACAUGUACCUUAAUGUGUUGAAAAGGGUAAAUGAGAAAUUGGCAACCUUCGAACUGUCCAACUUGGUGCAGAUCUUCUACGCCUUCGUGAAGAUGGAGCACUUCCCCUACUUCUUCAACGACGUGAUCAAUUACAUGAGUGUGAAUCUGAAGGAGGCUGAGCCAAAGCACGUGUGCAGCAUUCUAUACACCCUAAGUAACAUCCUCGUGGAGACAAACGAGAGUCGCACCUUCAAAAUGAAAGUCAUCGACAUGGUGAAAUCUGACAUGUUAACAGCAUCGACAAGUUUACCCCUCAACGAUUUGAUAUCUCUCCUGACGUCUCUUUCAAAAUUAAAGUACAAAGAGGUGAACACCUACUAUGAGUUGUCCAAGCGGAUAGAGGAGCACACAGAUCAGCUGAACAUGAAAAAUGUAAGCAACAUUUUAUGGGCUUUUAGUCAUAUUAAUUAUACCUCCAAAUUGGUGAAGAAGUUAAAAAAAAUCGUGGAGAGAGACAUACACAAAUGUGAUCACCUUGAUUUGGUAAAUAUUGUGUACUCACUAACCAAGCUGAAUGAAUAUGAUGAGUACCUCUACAUGGACAUCUUUUACAAUGCCAUUAAUGUGUACAUACACCACAUGAGUGUAAAAAAUCUCUGCAUCCUCUUGUGGUCCUACACCUAUGUGAAUGCCCACAAACCGGAUCUCUACAUUAACAUACUCACCAAGCUAAAUGAAAAUGUGAAGCAAAUCAGCACAAAGGAUAUCGUCUCCAUUUUAACCUGCCUCAGCAGAAUACAGUUCAGCUACAAAUACAAACACCUCUUUUCCUUUUUAAAAAAUAAAGUUGUAAAAAAUGUGUACGCCUUCUCCCCUUUGCAAAUCACCAAUGUGAUGUACCAUUCGUCCUUCCUCGAAAUAUACGACCAUAAAUUUUACUACCUCCUCGUUCAGCAGAUCUUCCAAAUUAGGCACCUCCUUUAUUUAGAAAAUUUGACGCUCAUUCUGUAUGCCCUCAAAAAUGUGUGCUACUUGAAUGUGCACCACGUGGACGUCUUCCGCUUGAUUGCCCACAUUCUGCAGAACGUCAAGCGGAAAUAUAGGCUGCUCUGUGGGGAGGACUGCGUCAACAUUAUGCUCAUUAUCAACGAUUUGAGCAAGUACGCCCAGCAUGGUUACCUCGUUUGUGCCUCGCCCGCAUCGAGAAGCACAUCGAGAAGCGCAUCGGGAAGCGCAGCGGGAAGCGCAGCGGAAAGCGCAGCGGAAGAGGUGGCUUCACCCAUGUUGGGCCCCCCCCUUUUGACUUCCCCCCCAGAGCGAUACGUAGACAUAUUCGAUGAGACGGUAAACCUGAACGAGCUGCCCCCCGCCCUUAUGAGCAACGAGGAGGAAGUGUACCUCCCGCAUAUUAGCGACCUCCUGUACGAACAAAUCAAACUGCGCCUGCACAACUUCUGGCAGCUCAGCAUUAAAGACGUUAACAACUUGCUAAUCAUCAUGAGGGACAAACGCAUGCACGACGACGUCAUCUUAAAUAUGAUCAUGCGCCAAAUUAUUCCCAUCCUUUCCAAAAGCACCAACAUGGAGUUCCUAAUCUUCCUAAGCAACAUUACCGCCAGUCGGUACAUGAAGUUUGUGGCCCUCACGCACAUGUCCAGGAGGCCCAAGCUCAUUGCCCUCUUCAGAAAAAAAAUAAACUCCAUAACGAGUGGCAUACUGAACAGCUACGAGGGGGAGGAGGGGCAGAAGCAGGAGGAGCGGCAGCAGGAGGAGGGAGACUCCUGUGGUUCUCCCCUGAACGGGGCAGGCGGUAGUGACCCCCCCGAGCAGCGAUCCUUACUUACCAUGCGGGGGGAAGCCCCAAGUGGGGAUAGUACUCCCCGUGUGGGAGACGACCCAUUUGUGAAAGCAGUGGAAAACCCAAAUGGUAAUGCACACCAAACGGGGGAACCCUCACCAUACGCAGUCGCAACCCAAAUGGGAAGUACGCCAGCUGGCUACACCCCGCGUAGCGCCAGCGCGGCGGUCGACCUCAACAGCUGCAUUGCCCUCUGCUACGCCUGCUUCAACAUGCACUACGAGGAUGACAACGUACUGAAGCUAUACGACUUAGUGGAGCACAUGAUUGUGCAGGAGAAGAGACCCAUCUCCUCCUUCAUGCUAAUCAAUUUCAUCUACAUGUUGGCCCUCACAAAUAAUAAGAUGCCUCUGGUGCGUAAGCUCUCGCAGGAGUAUAUGCACCACAGGUAUGGAAGCGAUCUGGAGAAGAGCUGCCAAGAAGGGGGGUCACCGCCAACCCCGUUAACCAUACAUCCAGAUGAACAGUACAGAAGUGACCCCUCAUCGAUGAACCACUCUAAGAGGACCCCCCAGCAUCACAACGAUAGGACAUCCUUUAAUUUAUUUUACGAAGAAAAUGACAAACUACGCUCCUACCUGCAGAAGGGGGACGAAGAGGCCUGCUUACUACUUCUAAAACUGGCCUACGUGAACAUUCAGAUAAAUAUGUACCGUUACUUGUACCACCUGCUGAGCGAAAUUUGCAGCUACUCUGAGCAGCUCUACACACAGGAGUUUGUCCUUCUCGCCAAACAGGUCUGCUACCACGUCUACAAUUUUGUAGAUUUUUUCUCCAAAGAUAAGGAGGCCAAGUAUGUCUGGAAUAAGGUGGCCCCAAAUGUCUACAUAAAUGAGGAGAGCAUCUACCUGGACUUGGAUUUCGAGCCCUCCGCUGUAAACGUGCAGAUAACUGGGGAGGGAAGCAGCAGAAAUAUGUCUGCGCACAGGAUGGAGCACACAGCACAGGCCAGCGCGCCGACCAGCGCACCGACGCAGAACCCCAAAAUAGCCAAAGCGUUUGACAACAAUAUGAAUAUUGCCAAGUUUUUUUACCACGUCCUCAAUUAUGACAUGGACGAUGUGAGCAGCAGAAAUGCCAACUCUGCCUCCUCCCGGGAGGAGAGGAAGAAGAUCAAGAUGUUCCACUUCGACCACGUCAUAUGCAACAUCCUCAACUUUCUGAACGUACAGUACAAGGGAUCCUACACGCAUGAAAACAUUUACAAAGUGUGCUGCUCCUUUCCGUACGAAAGGCAUUUAAUUGACUUAAUGUCAUAUGAGGAUGUCCUCUACCCGUCGCACAGACCGCUACUCUCCGCGGAGCUGCGCCAGAAGCAGUUGGCCUUGAAGGGCUGGACCGUGCACGCAAUCAAUUUUCGAGACCUGUACAAUAGCGUAAAGGACAAAAACGUCAUCUGCUACAUCUUCAAUAUUGUGAAGAAGAUAAAAAAGGAUUUGAAAGAGUUGCCCGAUAGUGAGAAAAAACUGGAGGAAAAAAACUUCUGGGAAAACUUGCAGUAUGCCAACAUUUAG